AUGUCUUGGCUUGCUGAUCUUGCUGGAAAGGCAGAGGAUCUACUUAACAGAGUUGAUCAAGGAGCUGCAUCAGCUCUGAACAAAAAAGAUGUAGCAAGCAGUGCAUCUUAUGAUAAUAAGAACUUAGACUCUGGCAAUGAAUAUUCUGAAUUGCACCAGCAUACUGGAGAGCUGAAAUACCAGACAUCAUCCAAAGCAGCCUACAUCUCCUCAGCAGCUGAUAAUAUUAAACAUCAAAAGGCCACAAUUCUAGCAGGAACAGCAAAUGUUAAACCAGCACGUAGGACAUCUUCAGAGGUUGCUUCUCCAGUAGAGAGUGUUUCCACCCCCAGAGCUUCCUCCAAUUUUGUUAAGAAAAAGUCUGAACCUGAUGAUGAGUUGCUGUUUGAUUUCAACAGUUCAGAGAAAGACCCUAAUGGGAAGAUGGACUCAAAAAAGAGAAGAGCAAGGCACCUGUUCUUCAAAAUCAUUCUCGACUCCAGCAUUAGUUCUGCAUCUACCAGUACACAGAGUGCAAAAACUACUGAAGAUAAUUCCAUCAGGAGCCAAGGCAAUGAAACUCCAGACAGUUCAGAUUCUGGACUGGGAGCACAAGGGAAUGGCUUGAAGGAUUCAUCAGUAAGUGCAGUAAUUAAUCCCAGCCCUUCAGCUAAUGAUGAUUUCAAGUCACGUGAGCUCUCCAAUCUUCGUCUGGAGAAUCAGCUGCUGCGGAAUGAAGUUCAGUCUUUAAAUCAGGAAAUGGCUGCAUUAAUUCAGAGGUCCAAAGAAACACAAGAAGAAUUGAACAAGUCCCGGGAAAGGAUUGAGAAGUGGAAUGUUGACCAUUCAAAGAGUGACAGGAUGGUCAGAGAACUUCAGGCUCAAGUUGAUGAUCUGACAGAAGCUGUUGGUGCCAAGGAUUCACAGCUCGCUGUCCUGAAGGUGCGGCCAGAGGCUGAUCAGCUCCUAAGUGCCCGGACAGAAGCUUUGGAAGCAUUGCAGAGUGAAAAAUCCAGGAUAAUACAGGACCACAGUGAAGGGAGCAGUUUGCAAAAUCAAGCCCUUCAAACUCUUCAAGAGAGGCUGCGUGAUGCAGACUCCACACUCAAGCGAGAACAAGAAAGUUACAAACAAUGCAGCAUGCUGGAUUUCUUUCAAGGUAGCUCUAAUGCAUCUUUAAUCGGAGGUGUUGUGUCGUUUGCUGCUCGUUUGAGUAAAAUGGAAGCAGAGCGUCAGAACUUGGCAGAAGGGAUAACAGUAGCAGAAAGGAAGUAUUUAGAUGAAAAGAGGCGAGCUGAUGAGCUUCAGCAGCAGUCAAAAGUAGCUAACCACCUAGAAUCUGCAAAACAGGAACUGGCAGACUACAAACAGAAAGCUACUCGCAUACUCCAAUCUAAAGAAAAGUUGAUAAACAGCUUAAAAGAAGGCUCUGGUAUGAAGCCUGGAUAGCAGUCUGCAAGCACAAUGGAACUGGAAGAACUGAGGCAUGAGCGAGACACUCAGAAGAAGAAAUACAAAAACUAAGGGCAAAUACAGCAGAUGAGACAGAGCUGCAAGCUAUGGCUAUAUGGAGUCUCAGCAAGUAAAGCUGUCAGUCAGAGAGAACUUCAAGAUUCGCAGAGAAUAUCAGACAUAAAAUGGCCAAGCAGGACAGAAGAACUCCAUUAUACUGAAGAAGAAUUGUAUCGAACAAAGAAUACUUUGCAAAGCAGAAUAAAGGACAGAGGGAAGAAAUUCAGAAGCUUAGAAAUCAGCCUCACAAACAAAACUCUAAGUAGUAGUAGUCAGACAGAAUUAGAAAAAUAGGCUUCAUCAACUACAGAAACACUAAUUCAGAAGCAAACCAUUGAGAGCCUGAGCACAGAGAAAAACUCACUGUCUAUCAACUGGGAACGACUUGAACAGCAACUAAGUCUAUCAGGCACUAGCACUAAUGGACCUUCCAUUAAUAUGGCAGGAAUCGAUGGUGCUGAAGGUGCUCGUAUGCGUAACGUCCCGGUCCUGUUCAGUGACACGGACACCAACACCGCAGGGAUGUACGGCAGAGUUCGCAAGGCUGCCAGCACUAUAGAUCAGUUUAGCAUUCGGCUGGGAAUCUUUCUAAGGCGAUAUCCCAUAGCAAGAGUCUUUGUAAUCAUCUACAUGGCAUUGCUUCAUCUCUGGGUCAUGAUUGUUCUACUUACCUACACCCCAGAAAUGCAUCAUGACAGUCCCAGUGGCAGAUAGACCGAGACAGGACCAUGUACUGCGCUAACGUGAUGUGGACUGGCAGUGUCUUUAGAAUAAUCAGUUCUGAAACAUCAGCAAACUUUUCCUCAUGCUGUAUAGGAAGAAUGAAAACCAUCAUGCCUGAUUUAUCACUACUUUUCAAAGACAUGUAUAAUACUAUGUAGCUCUUUCAAUUUACCUAAAAGAGCAUCACUCUCCUGGAGAAACAGCUAUUAAAUUCAGCUAUAGUUAGCCUUUAUAUUUUAUGUAGACCUUACAGUGGUUAGAGUAAAAGAUAAGGCUUGCACCUACAGAGAAUUGCAAGGAUUUCUGCAAUUAUAGAUUAUAUAUGGUACAAAAUAUUUUAGAUGAUACUGGAUGUGGGCUGUGGUCAGGUAAUAAACUGUACUUAGCGAUUUAAAUAAACUUGAUUCUUUCUGGUUUCUUUCAGUCUGCUUUUGCACUUCUGUUUUUAACUUUGUAUAUAAUAGGCUUUUUCCUUAACAUGUUAAACUGAAGACAAUGGACUGGUGCAAUAUCUUUUUGUAAAUAAGUUUAAAAAUAAAAUAUUAUGCAUUCUUCUUAGCUUUGUACUUCUAGUGCAAUAGAUAGUAUCUUCUGUAUCAGCUCAAUUGUGGGGCUGGUAUUCUAGUGUUAUUAGAGAUGGAUGGUUUUGAGAAAAAAGGUUUAAACUCUAGAAAAACUGUUUCUUUUUGCACUUGAAAUUUAUAUAUUUUCACUGCAUUUUCUUAUGCCUCUCUCAAUUCUUAUACCUCUCUCAAUGUGUCUUAAUCGGAUCUUAUAUUAAUUGAAAUAUUUAUUUUCUAAAACUUUGCGUACUUCAAACUAUUUAUAUAGAAAAUGUGUCAAAACAUCAAAAAUUUCUCAUGUUCAAACAGUUACCAAAUAUUCUAAUAAACAAACCUAGUCAGAUAUCUAUGGUAAAACCCAAAACACUGAACCUACUGUAAUAGUUCUAUCAUUAUACUGUGGUAACCUGUAAUGGUGGAUUCUCAAUACAAAAUAAUAUGACGUCACUUUCUAUCCCUAAGAAAUUUAUUGUUUUCUUGUGUGGUGUUUGGAGCUGAGUACUGAAAAGAUUACAACAAGCAAUUUGCUACUCCUGUUCCUGAUGGUUCAGUUUUCAUGUGAUUUGACCACACACACGUUAGCCCUGCACAUGAAGUCUGUCAUGCAAACUCCAUGGAAAUGUUACAGUAGACAAGUGACUGUAUUGCUGCUCUGAUUCACCUCUUGCAGAUAAAACUGAAGUGUUUUGAUGAGCUAAGUAAUAAAAAAAAGCAUUUACUU